AUGGCUGAAUCUCCAAGCACCAAAUCAGUGCCGGCUGAUAUCAAUACGAAAUCGGACGAUUCAAAUCAGCUGAAUCAAAGCGAUCGAAGAGCGUGUCAUUCGUCACCGACGAAGAGUACGAACACCGCCGAAGCUACUGGUAAUGGAAUUGGGAACAAGGCGAAAUCUUGCAAGGGAUGCCUUUAUUAUUCUUCGCGUUUCAAAGACGAUUCUCGGAACCCCCUCUGCGUUGGCCUCACCCGUUCCCUUCCCAAUGUGCCUCCAUACAUUGUUGGACAAUCUGAGGUUGAAGCAUCGAAAGAGGGCAGGAACCUUGUAGAGUUCAGAUAUGCUUGCGUUGGUUAUUCACUUUAUAAGGAUCAUAAAGGCCAGGCACCCAGUGGGCAACAGCCUCAAGCAGAAUUACCUGUCUGCUUAGGCCUUGAGGUUUUAGUGGACAGGAGAGUAAACCCUUCCGCUGAAGCUGCACCCAAUCCAGCCCAUGUUCACAAUAAAGGAGAUGGCAAUGACUUGCCUCAGAGGCGGACACCUAAACCUACUAAUGCAAUUGGGGAAGAGUUCACUCGAAAUGCAAACCUGGUUGCAAAUGGGGUGGCCAAGAACAUCUGUAAAGAUCCUACAUUUUAUCGUCAGCUUAUUGGGGUUUUUGAUCUAUUUGGCUGUCACUCGGCCGAUAUAGCUAAUGUUGUUCAUAUUGUGAGUCAGUUUAUGUGCGCUCCGAGAACCACUCAUCAUUCUGCUGUAUUGCACAUCAUUCUCUAUGUGAAGGGUACUCUAUUGCAUGAUUUUCACUUCUCAGCUCGUUCUUCCUUGGCACUUAGUGACUACUCUAAUGAAGGUUGGGCUGGUGAUCAUACUGAUCAUCACUCCACUACUGAAUUCUGCUUCUUUCUGGGCGAUUCACUCAUCUCCUGGCGCAAUAAGAAACAAACUUUGGUUUCCAGAUUGAAUGUUAAUUCUGAGUACCGUGCUCUUGUUGAUUCCACGUCAGAUGUAUUGUGGCUGGGUCAGCUACUUGAUCAUCUCGGUGCACCUUGGUCGUCAUCUACAUCUCUACAUUGUGAUAGUCAUAGUGCUAUAAAGAUAUCUCAUUAUGAUCUUUUCAUGGGCGCACCAAGCAUUGAAAUUAACUGCCACUUCAUUCAAUAA